CCGGAAGGAGAGGGAGGCAGGAAGUGGGGCGUUUGAAGUCGCGGUGGAUGCGGAGUGUGGAGUUGGGGCAGGUGGUAUCUCUGGGAUAUGGAACCCCCAGGAUGUUCCCGGAAUGCUCCCAUCCAGGCUUUCAAAGAGGCCCCGAGCAAGCCGUCCCUCCCUCAGAAGAACGCCUAUGCUCGGCUCGUCCAGAAGCACCACAGUGGGAGGUUCCGGUCCUACUUAAACCACAUUGCUCAGAAGCUUCAGCUGGCAGAGAAUACCCUCAACCACUUGGGUUCCGAAGCAGAGCCUUCUUUGAAGAGAGGCCUGGUGAGAGAGAACUUGUUGAAAAAUGGAAUGAAAGCGCCCGGUGGUUCGCCAGGCCAGGCUCUGCCACCUGGCCAGCUGGAGGAAGGGAUGUUUGAGCCGCUGAGUGACGGUCAAGAAGAAGGCUUGCCCAGGAAGCAGCGCCAUCAGAAAGAUCUCAGCAUGGGCAAAGGGGGCAGUGACAAUGAAGUUGCGGAAGAAGAGGACCACAUCGUCUCGAGAGCAAAGCAGGAAUCGGGGCCUCAAGGGACACCAUCCCGACAGGCUGGCCUCUUUCCGCCACGAAACUCUGGCUCCACUGAGAGGGACAGAGAGGAGUCAUGGUGGAGCAAAGGCGGGAGCAGUGACCCUCCGGUUGCCUUGGACAGAAUGGAUCACAGCGGCUCUGCAAGACCCUUGGCCAGCCAAACACAGGGCGCAGACAAGAGAGGCUCGGCAAGGACCAGAAACAGUUCGGAGUCUUCCAGAGUCCCCCCAAAUGCAGAGAGGAGGCGGCAACUAUCCGAAUCCUACCCAGACAACAUGAGUAGCUCGGAGGGCAGAAUGAGUCUCCGGCAGUUGGGAACUCCCAGAGGAGGUCUCUACUCUGCUGAUUCAACCCCCGGCGAGAGAAAAAACCGCACUAAGCCAACCCGGGGGAGGAAGAAAAUAUUUGAAACCUACAUGUCGAGAGAAGAUGUCUCUGCAGGUCUGAAAAGGAAGAUGCUCAUCCAGGGACCCUUAAGAAUAAACCCCAAGAAGUACCACGAGGCCUUCGUUCCAUCUCCCGAGGGCACUCGGGAUAUCUUCAUCGACGGUGUCGUCGCUCGUAACAGAGCGCUGAACGGUGACAUCGUGGUGGUCAAGCUGCUUCCAAAAGACCAGUGGAAGGUCAACAAGCCAGAUGGUUGUGAGAGUGAAGCGGAUGCUGCUCAAGGAUCAGGGGGCCCUGGGAAUUCACCAGGUACCCAGGUGCUUCCUGAUCCAGGAAAAGGGGAUGCCAGCAGCCCGGAUGUUGUCAUAGAGGCUCAAUUUGAUGACAGUGGCAUUGAGGGUGAGCAAGAGUGCCCCAGGGAGGUCCCGGAACUCACACAGCUGACUUUGGGGGCUAGUAGCAAAAAGGGGAGGGAUCUGGAGGUUGGUGAUGCCCACCAUGGGAAGUCAGAAGACUCCUCAAAGACCAGCGACCCGGAUCAGUUCCUUCAGAAGACAGCCAAGGUGGUCUACAUCUUGGAGAAGAAACAUUCCAGGGCUGUCACGGGUUUCAUCCGGCUCCUGGCUGACCGCAACAGCGAGCUUUUCAAGAAGUGUGCCAUGUUCUCCCCCGUGGACCACAGGGUGCCUCGCACUCACGUGCCCUUGGCUGAAUGCCCGCCAGAUUUUGCCACCAGGCCCGAGGACUACGCCAACACCCUCUUCAUCUGCCGUAUCAUGGACUGGAAGGAGGACAGCAAUUUUGCCGUCGGGCAGUUGGCCCAAAGCCUUGGGCAGGCCGGCGAAAUUGAGCCGGAGACAGAAGGCAUCCUGAUGGAAUAUGGGGUGGAUUUCUCCGACUUCUCCCCGGAGGUCCUGCGGUGUCUCCCCCAGAGCCUCCCCUGGACUAUCCCCCCAGAAGAAAUGGCCAAGAGAAGAGAUUUAAGGAAAGAAUGCAUCUUCACCAUCGAUCCUUCCACAGCCAAGGACCUCGAUGACGCCUUGUCUUGCAAGCAGCUUCCGGAUGGCAACUUGGAAGUUGGUGUCCAUAUUGCAGAUGUCAGUUAUUUUGUGCUUGAAGGAACGGAGCUGGAUGAGGUAGCCAGCCAGCGAGCGACAAGCGUCUACCUUGUGCAGAAGGUGAUCCCUAUGCUUCCGAAACUGCUCUGUGAGGAGCUUUGCAGUCUCAAUCCCAUGACAGACAGACUUACCUUCUCUGUCAUUUGGAAGCUGACUCCCGAAGGCAAGAUCCUGGGCGAAUGGUUCGGGCGGACGGUGAUCUGUUCCUGCGCCAAGCUCAGCUAUGAUCAUGCCCAGAGUAUGAUUGAGAAUCCCGAAAAGGUCUUCUCACCAGAGGAGCUGCCCCCUGUCUCUCCCCAACACUCCACGGCUGAAGUCCACCGCGCAGUCCUGAAUCUCCACCGCAUCGCCCAGCAGCUACGGAAGCAGCGCUUUGUAGACGGUGCCCUUCGCUUGGAUCAGCUGAAACUGGCAUUUACUUUGGACCAAGCGAGCGGGAUGCCCCAAGGCUGCUACGUCUAUCAGUACCGGGACAGCAACAAGCUGGUGGAAGAGUUCAUGCUGUUGGCCAACAUGGCUGUCGCCCAUCAGAUCUACCGCACCUUCCCGACGAAAGCUUUGCUCCGCCGGCAUCCGCCGCCGCAGACCAAGAUGCUCAGCGACCUGGUGGAGUUUUGCAACCAGAUGGGCCUGGACAUCGACUGCACCAAUGCAGGCACCUUGCACAAAAGCUUGAACGAAACAUUUGGAGAUGACAAAUAUGCUGAAGCAAGGAAGGAAGUCCUGACUAACAUGUUCUCCCGCCCCAUGCAGAUGGCCGUCUAUUUCUGUGCCGGGGCGCUGGAGGACGAGGCACUCUUUCGCCACUACGCCUUGAACGUGCCGCUCUACACCCACUUCACGUCCCCUAUCCGUCGCUUCCCAGACAUCCUGGUGCAUCGUCUACUGUCCGCUUCUCUGGGCUCCGGACCAGCUCUACAGAUGGAGGAAACAACGAUCCAGAAGCAAGCGGAACACUGCAAUGACCGGAAGAUGGCCUCGAAGAGGGUACAGGAGCUGAGUGCCGACCUCUUCUUUGCUGUCUUCGUCAAGGAAUGUGGGCCCCUGGAGUCUGAAGCCAUGGUGAUGGGCGUCCUCAACGAAGCCUUUGACGUCCUGGUGCUGAAGUUUGGCGUCCAGAAGCGCAUCUACUGCAACGCUUUGCCUCUGGUGGGGUUCCAGUUUCAGAAAACCGGCAGGAAGCCUCAGCUGACGCUGAUGUGGGAGCCAGAGGAUCUCGAACAGGAAGCCGUCCAACAGGUCAUUACCAUUUUCACCUUGGUGGAGGUCGUCCUGCGGUCAGACAACAUCCCCUUGAAGUACAGCGCGGUCCUCCAGAGGCCUCGAGGGAAGGAGUGACCUGGCUAGCGGCCUGAGAUGGACCACGCCUGCCAGAUGGACGCUGCCAAGGGGUGCUUAUUGGAUGAGCAUCCCUCAGUCGUCAUUGUCUGGGGAGGAAAAGUCACUGGACCUUUCGUUUUUAUUGUAUUUUGUCUUAAUGUUUUGCAGAUGGGCUUUGUUUUAUCUCUGGAUUUUUAAGCCGAAGCGGUGGGCCUUCCCAAAGGGCGAUAUUGGACAUUUCCCUUCCUAGCCUUUUUUAGACCUUCUCUUCUCUUAUAAGUGGCCCGUGCCGGCCUUUGCUUAAGGUGGCGUUCCCUAGCCCAGCAGUCUUCGAGCUGUGUAGGACUACGACCUGACCCUCCCUGGCCAGGACACUGGUUGUGCAUGAUGGGAAUUGUAGUCCAACACACCUGGGAGGUGGCGGGAAGCGGGGCUGAAGGCUUUCCUAGAUGGUGCGGUUGAUAGAAACGCUGUGUUACCUGGGCAGAAAAAAGUAAGCCGUUCUCCUUUGGCUCGCUGAAUAAAAAUGUGGUGUGUUUCCACCAGCCACCCA